AUGGCCCCUACCGCUGUUUCAGAGACCAACAAUGUCGCUGCCGCUGACCUCAAAGCAAAAGUCGUCGAGGGCAGCAUCGAGAUCGAAAAGAGCCCCAAACUCCCCCUCGCUGAUAACUACAUGUAUGAUUUCAAAUACAAUCAUGCUCUCCCUACCAUUCAAUCUUUAGGGGCAGACAUCGCUGAAAACGCGGAUGCCACUGAGGAAGCCGAAGCUAUCAUUGGUCGAUUGUCCGAAGUUUUGGCCAACGGCGAUGCAGAUGGUUUCGCCGAUCUAUUCUUGGAAUUCGGUGUUUGGAGAGACAAACUCGCUUUCACUUGGGAUUACCGAACAUUCAACUUCAAGAAGGCUAUUCGUCAAGCCGCCGGUGAUCUCCUUCCUACAACCAGAGCCAAGAAUUUGCGAUUCUUAACUCCUGCUCCCAAGAUUCACCGACCCUACGCCGACUUGUCUUACCUGCAAAUAGUCUUUGCUUUGGACACCGAGAUUGCUGGCGCUCAUGCUGUGCUCAAUGCAGUACAGACUCCCGAAGGCUGGAAGGUCUGGACCCUUCACACCGUCAUCGAGUCUCUUCACGAUUUCCCCGAAUUACACGUAGCCGAUGGUCACAUGACUGGCGAAGUCAGUUGGGAGAAGCAGCGUGCGAUCGACGAUGACAAGGUCCAGCCUGAAGUGGUAGUUGUUGGAGGUGGUCAGAAUGGUCUCGCCCUCACUGCGCGAUUGAAGGCACUUGGUGUCACCACUUUAAUAGUUGACCACAGCGCGGAGAUAGGUGAAGUAUGGACCAAACGAUAUGAAUACCUCUCACUCCACUUCCCUCAUUGGGCCGAUCACUUCCCCUACUUCCCUUACCCUGAACGAUGGCCAACCUACACUCCCGCUCAAAAGCAAGGUCUAUUCAUGCAAUGGUACGCCUCUGCUAUGGAGCUUCAUGUUUGGAACAGCUCGAAAGUAGUCUCGGCUGAACAAAGCGAGUCCGGUGACUGGACGGUCAAGGUCAACAAGGGUGGGAAGGAGCUUAGAACUCUGCAUCCCAAGCACGUUGUAAUGGCAACCUCGCUUUGUGGUGUUCCAACCUUACCUGUUGUUCCUGGUAUCGCCGACUGGAAAGCCGGUAUCUACAGACAUUCGACCGCUCAUGACUCUUCCCGAGACUUUGUUGGCAAGAAGGUCCUCGUGGUUGGUACUUCUUCAUCUGGUUUCGACACUGCCUACGAUUGCGCACGACGGGGAAUCGAUGUGACUCUCCUUCAAAGAUCGCCAACGUAUAUCAUGUCCUUGACCCACUCUGUUCCACGUGCAAUUGCGGAAGAGCUCUCCCGACGAAACGCGGAAACUUUAGAGAAUCUCGACAAGGAGUUGCUCGAUGCCCUUCACGCCAAAGGUUUGAGAACAUGGCGUGGUCAACGUGGUACCGGUAACGCUACCCUCGGUUCUACUAGAAACGGUGGUUUCUACUUCGAUGCCGGUGCUUGUGAGCAGAUCAUCAAUGACAAGAUCAAGGUCGAGCCCGGUUUCAUCGAGAAGUUCACAGAGGACAAAGUCAUUCUUUCGGGAGGCAGAGAACGACACUACGACCUCAUCGUUUUCGCUACCGGUUUCUCCAAUACUAUCGACUCUGUGCGAAACACUCUUGGAGACAAGAUAGCAGACCAGUGUGGUCCUAUCUGGGGUGUCGAUGAUGAGGGAGAAUUCAAGUCUGCCUACAAGGAAUCAGGAGUACCCAACUUAUGGAUCUUCGUUGGAUACUUGCCUUACACUCGAUUCCACUCCAAGCGACUCGCCCUCAGACUCAAAGCAUUGAUCGCAGGUGUCUCUCCAUCUCCUUACAAAGCAUGA